AUGUCCGAGCUCAUUCGGCGUGCAUCGGCGCAGCCGGGCUCCCCAUUCCCUGCGACCGCACGUCCGGUGUACUCGCCCCUCGUCAAGGGAUCUAAGUCUGUGCUGCGUCGUAUCGCGCCGCUGCACCCUAAUCGCCGCACCCCGCCGCCCGUGCCACCGCGCGCCCCACAACCGAAGAAGACAAAGAAGAUGCUCGAGCUCGAGGAGAAGUGGGAGAUGGAGCUCGAGGAUAGCGUCGAGGGGUGGUACGCCAUGGCCGACUCCGAGCGCGCUGCGUUGAUGAAGGCCAAGAGGGACGCGGAACUGGGCUUCUACGAGGAUUGA